AGUUGUUUCGGGGUUGAGGUUGAGCCCUUCGAAUUGUCGCGUUAUUGCGGCGUACUGACAUUACAGUCAGAGUGUUGCGGUAAUAGUUUUGUCGACGGUACUGUUGCACGGCUUAUUUAGUUACUUACAGCAUUUACUUAAGAAGUAGGUCUUCAACUGUAAAAGCAUUGACCCUACAUAUCUUUCCGUGUACAACUAGCUGACAAGAAUGCGCGCUCGCAUAAAUUUUAUGACGAUGUUUGUAGGAUCUACGGUAGUUGCGCGCAUGAUGUUUAGCUAGACGUGGAUUCGUAUGUGUUGCAUAGCUUCGUACGAGAUUCUUUUAUGCUCUUCGAUAAGUAGUUGAAUACCUAUACCAUGGCCAUGCAUGUUGUCCUUGUCGGCGUAUACAAAUUAGCAGAUUAUCAUCUAGAAAAUAUAGUCAGAGUAAAAGGGUCUGUAUUCUAAAGCAAAUAAUGACACUCACAAAUGUAACUACUGAUACUCAGCGGCCAAUGCAGACAACACGAGCUUCUAUUGCUUUCACUCAUUCUCAGUUUUCUUAUAGAUACGUUUAAUUAUUCGAUCAGCGUUUUAUCUUUUUGUCGUUUUAUCAACAACCCAGUUCCAGAACCAGAUGGUAGAGAUAGUCACUCAGAGUUAGAGUGUGUUGAUGUUGUAAAGGACGCGACACAUUUUAUGGUUUAUAGUUGAACAUAUAGUAUAUAGAAAUAGAUAGUUAGUGAAUAGAUAUCCGCGCAGUCGCCGAACGCGCUUUUCCGAUAAUAUAGUUUACACGAUCUCGUCGUAGUUUAGAGAAUAAUAUUGUUGUUUUUGGUCAUGAUUACACCUAAUCUUACACAAUGCUUCCCAUAGUUCGGUCAUCUACCUCCGCGCAGUCACGAGGAUCGAUCUUUUCCCAGGCUGUGUGCGGUCGUCUUCAACGCGGAAGUAAAACCUUGUUCCUCGAGCACCCAUCGUGCGCGAUUGGGAGCCUGCGAAAUGCGAGACACGAGCAUAGGAAGCAGAGGUUUUUUUCUUCAGCCCCCAGCGGCGCUUCUCCAGAAAAGGGUAGCAGGACACGAGGUUCUUCGAAAAAUGGCAAAGGAUCCAGGAAAGCAGGGGCUGCUUCGGUACAAGGUGGUCUUGCUAGCGGAGUGGGAACCUCGUCUGGCUCGAUUUCGAAAGCAAAAGCUAUACCGAAGGAGCCGCUGGACGAAGAAUGUGUACUCAAUUGAUUCAACAUGAAAGCAGCAUUUAUUGACGUGUCAGGAGUAAGAGAUACAGAAGUGGAUAAAGAGUGUGUAUUCCUGAAUUUCAUUCGGUAGCAGGUACGCAGUUCCUAUGCUAUACAACUGGGUAGUUCCAAUAAUCCCUGAUCUUCAAAACGUCCAGGUAGCGAUUGCAUUAUCAAUGCAUCGAGUUCUAUUGCGUUCUUUGUAUCGGUUUUGCCGCGCGGGAGAGAGUGUGCCAGCAUCAACGAACUUCGAACUCGCUGGGCUACUGCGCUCGUUGGUAGACGAAUUCGACGUGCGCCGCAAGUAUUGCAUUAGCGAGCGCAAUUCCCACUGGAUUGCGCAUGCACUUGCGUCACGAAACCCGUUUGCUGGUGCAUCUCGUGGCUACGAGUUUUCCAUAGCAGCCUCUGAAGGAGCUGAAGAAAUGGGAGGGUAAGCGAACUUGGGAAAAUUCCAACGACUGAUUGUGGUUUGGAGCACCUGAAUCAGUGAGAAUUAGUAGCCUGUGUUUUCUCAUCUGGACCUGGAGUUCCGCGCGUGAUUCUUUCAUCAGCGUUAUUUCCUCGUUGAAAUCGCCGAUUCUUGUCGGUUCUAGAAGAAGCUGCAAAUGUCUUCUUUCACACCGACCGUCACUCUUCAUGAAAUACUUGUUACUCUUUUCCCACCUUUUCAGGACCAGGCCCACCUCUUACAAAGUAACCUUCGACGACGGAGUGAUUGAUGGCGAACCACUUUUCUUAUCAUACGACACCCUUGUUUUGCAUGGCCGAGCAUACCUCCGAUGCUCGGCUGCGGAUGCCAAUAAUGGUUCAGCCCACCAUGCGGAUGUCGAUUUCGGAAACGUGCGCACCGUUUCACGAAAUAUUUUGACGCAGGCUCUGGUAUACAACGAAAUUGUAUCUUACAUACAUCUUUCACUACAAACAAGGACACCUACUGGACUGGGUUACUUCAUCUCUUUGCCAUGCGCAGGUGAGCUAGAGAAGUGCACCCAGCAAUGUACUACUGCGAUACCGAUGAGAUGACCCUUCAUCGUGCAUAUUAUCUUCACGACAACAGGACUUGAACUCUCCUCGGGCGUCCGAGGGUGGCCGUGCAGACAUGUUUAACAUUGGUUUCGAGCUUCUGCAGCAUGUGAAACGGUGGCAAAAACGGGCACAGGCCGCAACGCGGCAGCGGCGCCUUCAGCGGCGACAACUCGAUCGUGAAUUCGAGGUUCUAGAGCGUCGCACGACGCCGAAACGCAACAACGACGGCGCGCGGGUGCGCCAGGCUAAAGAGAGAAUAAAGAGUUUGUGGCUGAAUCACCCGGAUCCUGACGUGCGAGAUAGGCUUUUUCUCGUUUGCAAUAUGAUGGGCACACUGCAGUCUUCUGGAGAAGUACCGACUACCCGUGCUAAAUCUUCAAAAACCAAAAUCAGCAAAACAGCUUCUACUUCUUCGUCCACUCUUCAUAAGAGAAAGAUGAACACUAGGAGAAACAAGAUAGACAGCACCGACAAGAUGAUCACCCACUCCACAAGAGUCGACGCAGCUUCUGCAGAGGACGACAUCGAGACUUACCACUCUCAGGUUGGAGUUGACGACAAUGUUUCGUCUUUAAACCAGGGUCGAGCCAAGAUGGACGAGGAUACAAAAACUCGAUGUCUGCAGGAACUAGAUGAGAUCUUGGGCCUCGACCCCUUAAACCCUGAGACGCUGCACACGCGCGGACUACUCUUUUUUCUAGACGGAAACUACCCUGCCUGCGAAGAAGACCUAGCUCAAGCCUUGCUGGUGGAGCCGCGGCACUUUCCAAGUUUGCACACCCUUUUUCGUUAAGGCUUGGCGCUAGGGUUCCGAACGUGUUUUCUAGCUGAUCUACGUGUGAAUUAGUUAUGUGAUGGUCGAGAUAGUUCUAGUCGAACAGCAUUUGCUCUGUAUUCAGUUUUUUCGUCAAUAAGAUGAAGGUCAAGGUACUCAUCACGACCAGCUACUUAUUACAGUUUUACAUUUUUUAUGAAAGUUAAACGACGGACCAAGAGCAACAUUGGAUUACAUCAUGCGCAGAUCUAAUUACCUCUACAUCAAGAGCGGGAUGAGCGUGAGGGGAUGCUGUCGGUUCUUUCGCAAUUGCGGGAAAUAUGCCCUCGCGAUCCGGAGUUGGAGAGUCUCUCUCGCGAAGUUCCAGCUUCCAGGGAGAAAAGUAGCGCAAAAUCAAAUCUCAACAAAGCGAUUUCGACAUCUGCCGCAGAGACUUCUAGCAGUUGUGGAAGUGCUGGUGGUGGUAGAUCACUUGGUAGCAGCAUUACAACAUCAGCUUCAUCCAGCAGCACUGCGACUGAAAUAGGAGAGGAAAGGCAGGAACUUAGGGAACAACAGCAAGUGGCGGAAGUUGAAGAGGGAGACAAAGGAAAAGCUGGUGGAUCUUCGUCGGCAAAAACAUCCGCGGCAUCCGAUAGAAAAGAAGACGUGCUACUCCGGGAUUGA